AUGGGAAUAGACGGACUGUGGCCGCUCCUUGAACCAGCCGGGGAAAAAAUGUCAUUGCAGCAUUUGGCCGUCGAGAGCGGAUUCUUGACCCAUCCAGGACCUGGUGGAACAUGCAGUCUUCGGGUUGGAGUUGAUGCCCUUGCAUGGAUCUAUUGCACCAUCUACUGUCACAGCAAAACCAAGAACCCCGAGCUUGCAACUCUAUUUGCUCGAUGUGCCUGCCUCUUCAAGCUACCAAUUUGUCCUCUCUUCGUGUUUGAUGGGCCUGGGAGGCCAAAAAACAAACGAGGGAAGAAAGUUCGGGGAACCCGGUUGUGGUUGGAGCAGGACUUCAAGACCAUGUUGGAUGGCUUUGGGUUUACAUGGAUUGAGGCCCCACUAGGAGAAGCUGAGGCUGAGCUUGCUUCACUCGCAACUGCUGAUUGUGUGGAUGUUGUGCUCUUGGAAGACUCAGAUUGUUUCAUUUUUGGGGGGCCAGCUAUCAUGCGAUUUGAUCUGAACACUUCUAACGACGAGGAGGUCAUCCUCUAUCAUGCGGCCAAAGUAGAAGCUCAUCCUGACCUCCACCUUGAGCAUGCAGAUUUUGUCUUCAUUGCUCUGACUGCAGGUGGUGAUUAUGGUAGAGGGAUCCCGAACUGUGGCAUAGAUACGGCCUUCCAACUUGCAAAGACUGGUCUUGGCCAGACACUUCUUGAAGGUGUAAAGCAUUACCAAGGACGCAACUUGCGGGCAUUUCUUUCUUCGUGGCACAAGUUGUUGAUCCUCGAGGCUGCCACUAACAAAUCCAGCCACCUCCCACAUAAAUAUCCACACCUUGCCAGGAGCAUUCUGGCCAACUUCCCGACUGUCACAUCGCUCAAUCUUUACACAAAACCCCUCGUGUCUGGUGAAAUUCCACCCUCCCUCUUCAUGAAACAGCCGGACCCUCCAAUGCUUGCAAGCUUUGCUGAACAUCACUUCGUUUGGGGAGAUCCUGUCAGAAUCCUCAAGCAUUUCUCUGACACUGUUUUCCCUGGCUGGCCACCCGAUCCCUCAUGUCAGCUGCCCAGGUCCAUGAUCUUGGGUUUGGUGCUCAGAGCCAGACCCCAAUUUCGCAUGUCAUUGCUUUGCGGGCACCCGGUUCCCCAGACAAGUGCCCCUGUCACCAGGAAGUCUGCCUGGCUCUCUGCCUUGGCUCCGAAUACAUCAACCGCAUUUGCCUCUCAGGUCAAGGCCGUGGAGAAAUGGAUGAAGGAUGAACGUAGCAAGGUCAAAGCAUGGGUGCCACUUGAGAUGGUCAGGGUUACAUGGCCCGCCCUACUCUCUCCUCAUAAGUCCCCCGAGUUUAGCUUGUUGCAGCUGUGUGCCCUUAACCGCCUCUCGAUCAUCUUAGACUUUGUCAAAAAAAACCAGUACCAAAUUUCUUAUUUAACUGUCUUGUCUUACUCUACCCCUUGUACAAUACAAUUGCGCUCUGUCCUCUUUCCAGACCCUCGGAUGUCACCUCUCGCCUACGCUGGGAUCAACAAAGUAUUGGAGGAGCAAGCUCGCAAGCAUCAGCAGGAGGACAUUGAGGAUGACCUCGAAGGCGAGCAGGAGACCCUCCCUGAUCUCACUCCUGAAGACCUGUCCAGGCCAGAUGACAAUGACGACAAUGACAUGGUUUCACAGUGGCGAACAACCGUGACAGGUGCAUCGAAGGGUAUCACAGACAAGACAGAAUCCGAGUAUCAGAGGCUGAUGAAGCAAUGUGUCAAGUUCCUGGUUUCCAAAGAGCUCAUUCAAAAUGCUGAAGAAUUUUUCUGUUCUAAUCCACCUGAAAACGCGCCGCUGUACAUUGUUGCGUGGAUCAUGAAUCAGUGUGAUGAGAUUGAUCUCGAUGGAAACAAAAAGAGCAGAGAUGCCCCACGAGAUACCUAUUCAUAUGCUCAAAAGAUGGUCCACGGGCUCGGAUCACGACCAUGGCAGAGGAGUGAGGUUACAGGGCUCAUGACUGGCAACCCCUCAAUAUCUGAGACGGUUGCAACAUACAUGACGAGCCUCAGGACACGAAAGGUCCAUGCCAGAGAAACACCCACAAGCGCCUGUGCAAUCACUUCAGACAUUCUUGAACGACUAUUCGACUUCAAUCAUCUCCCUGAGAACUGGAACAUCAAGGAUUACAAUCCCCGAUCUCACUUGCAGAAGGAGAACUUGCACCAGUGGGGUGGACCACUUGCUCGACAUGCGUUGAGUGCAAUCUAUGCCAUCGCCUUUCUGUGCUUGCUCCGGUCAGACAAAGUCUUGAAAAUACGACGUGAACACAUCGAGUUCAAUGAGAAUGGGGUGACACUCACCUUACCGUUUCGCAAGACUCAUAAGGAUGGAGGGAUUCAACUGUUCCCUAUUCAAGCCCUACCGGAGGAGGAAGCACAUCUCUGCCCUGUCCGUGCACUUGGCGAGUGGAUGAAUGCCAGUGAGAUAAUGACAGGGUACAUGUUUCGAAAAAUAGUUUCCGGUGACCGGCCAUUCUCCCAGGAUAUACCAAUGACCUCUGAACAAUUCCUUGAGAUGUUCCGAAACAAUCUGCUGGAUCUUGAUAUUGACCCUUAUCCUUAUGGCACUCACUCAUUCCGGCGUGGUGGGUGUCAAUAUCUAGCAUCUCAGCGCCGGUGGACAAUACGCCAGAUCUGCAGCUGGGGUGGCUGGAGCCUCGAAUUCUCGAACCUCACUAUUGUCUGUUAUCUCAUUUCAUGGACGACAAUCCUACCGAACGCCGCGAGGAUUUGUUCAAUCCAACAUGACCACCUGCUCUCAAAUGCUACCACUGUGGGAGAAGCUGUCAUUGUGCAUAAUAUUGUCAAGAAUUAA